AUGUUCAUUCUCCUGGGCCUCUUCAGACAUACUGAGCUGCAGAUCUUGUUUUUCUUCAUGUUUCUCCUGAUUUACACUAUCACUAUCAUUGGGAACAGCCUUAUCAUCAUUGUCACAGUUUACCCAUCCUUUUAUACACCCAUGUACUUUUUUCUUAGGGUCCUCUCCUUCGUGGAUAUUUGUACUACUUCAGUUAUUGUUCCCAAGAUGUUAGUGAAUUUUCUGUCACAGGACAAGAGCAUUUCUUACAUAGGCUGUGCUGCCCAGCUGUACUUCCUGAUUUUUCUAGCAGCUGCUGAGUGCUAUCUUCUUGUUGCCAUGGCCUAUGACCGUUACGUGGCCAUUUGCAACCCCCUGAGAUACACAAUUAUGAUGAACAGAAGGGUUUGUUUUUCCCUAGUCCUGCUGUCUUUCCUCACUGGUAAUGUUGUGUCAGUGGUGCAAACUGCUUGGGUGUUCACAUUGCCAUUUUGUGGGCCUAACAAGAUUAACUAUUUCUUCUGUGAUAUCUCACCACUUAUUAUACUUUUGUGCACUGAAACAUCUCUGUAUGAAAUUCAGGCCACAACAACCACAGUAUUGGUCAUUUUCACCCCAUUUUCUCUCAUCCUUCUGUCCUACAUCUUCAUCAUCUCCAGGAUUUUGACCAUGCCCUCUGCAAAGGGAAGAUACAAGACCUUCUGCACCUGUUCUUCCCAUCUCCUAGUAGUGAUGCUGUACUACGGGAGUGGCAGCCUGAUUUACCUAAGACCCAAGUUCAGCUAUCCACAAGAUACUAAAAAAGUGCUGGCUUUAGUUUACACAACCAUAACUCCCAUGUUGAAUCCCAUUAUUUACAGCUUGAGAAAUAAGGAUGUGAAAAGGAUCUUAAGAACAAUGAUAAGGAAGGUGAGGAAAAGGUAA